AUGUCUCGAUCGAGUUUCGUUGUCAUUGUCUUCAUCAAGCUUUGGUGUCGUUUUUCAUCGAGAUCUGUCGUCGUCUCCGACGAGAUCCAUCUUCACUCUCUCAUCGUGGAGCUUGGUUUCGAUGCAAGUCAAGUCCUUUGUGGUGGAGGAGAACAAGAAGAUCUUGAUGUUGUUGUUGUUCAUGGUCUUUGGAAAGUAGGAGAUUUGGUGGAUUGGUGGAAAGACGAUUGCUAUUUGUCUGGUACGGUUCGAGAAGUGAAUGAAGAAGUCUCUAUUGAGUUGUUGCCUAAACCUUAUGGAGAAGGAGGUAGCUACGAUGCUGUGUUUAAAGAUUUGUGUCCUUCGUUGGAAUGGUCACUUGAAGAUGGAUGGAUUGUGCCUUUCUCUAAGGAUGGGGAAAAGAGGCAGUGUGCUAAGCUAAUGAAACUUCCGAGUGAAAUGAAAGGAGAGGAUGAGACUAGAGAAGAAAAAAAGGUGAGAGUUAAGUUAGUAGGAGAUGAAGGUCUUGCGUUGAAUAUAAUGGAAUCAGACUCUGCUGAAGCUGCUGUGAUGGACUUGGAAGAGGUUGUUGUUCGAAUAGAGUGGAUUAAAGGAAUGUUAUCGCUUAAUGUUCCUAAUUCCGAAACUUCAACAUGGAUAUGUGAAAAUGGUUCUAUCUUCUGA